AUCCGUCUAUGUCCUCAUGAACCCACUUUUAAUAUCAAGGUCAUUGGUGUCAGCGUGACUUGGGCUUUAGACUAACAUAAUGAAAAGAUUUUUAAAAUUAUUUUUGGUCGCAUGUGCAUACGUUAGCAAUGCUUUUUUGACAAAAUAAUAGCGAACAUGACCCCGAGCUCCCAAUUUUCGGGAAAUUUAUGGGAAAUCGCACCAAAACCCCAAAGUCUAUAUAGACUUACGCUAUAACUAGACAUUUUCAUAGAAUAGUCAGGUAACAGUUUUAUCUGUCGCGCAAGGGUUCUUUUUGUAAUAGCUCAAACCUGUUCCACAAUGUCAGCUCCAUAUUUGAGAUAACUGCUACAUGCUAAAUCUUGACAUACAGCUAAAAUAUGCUUUUUUAAAAUUCCUGAAGACUCAUGUAAUUCAUAUUCGUAUUAAUUACCAAGUAGUCACUAUCUAUUCUUUCAAGAUAUUCAGAUCAGUAUAUUUGGAUGCUGACGACUUCGUUUUUCCUUGGACUUGUACAUAAUUCCCACUACCACAUCCUAUUACUGCAGGACCAUUGAUCUUCCCAGAUUUGGACCGUAUGGUAUCGAAAUCAAUUACCUGGUUAGUGAGUUGGUAUGCUACUAUGAUCCCGCCCUAAGGAUUUGUCUUCUCUCACGAGUUCUUGCAACUGGUUGCAGUGUUAUUUCCCUGCUUUGUCAGUAACUUAAUGAGAAUAUCUGUUGUUGACAUUCCGAAUUAUCUAUUUAUUCACUUAAGUUCAUAAACAGCAUAGAGGAGCACCAAAUAUAUAUAUGCGUCACACUAAUUGGACGGGUAAAACAGGAAACUCCCUGGCUGUCCGAACCGAAGCAAAAUAUUAAAUAACCACACAUAUUUAUAUACCAAUUGGCUAUAGAUAAUAUAUUUAAUUAUGGGCAUAGAUUUGGUACAUAGGGACACCAAAUUAACGGUCCAUACAUAUGCAGAGGUAAUACAGUAAAAAAGGAAAAGCAACACUAUUUAAACGAAAAUAUACGUGAACAAGAACAAAAUGUGGUAGAGGGUAUCAUUCAGUUAACACUCUAGUUGAGAAAGUUCUUUCACUAAAAAUCGUUCUUAUGACGAAUGUAAAAGGCAACUAUAGCGUGGUCUCCAUCAACCUCUAUUUUGAGCUGUUUGUAGCGUCGUUUCAAGUCGCACAAUCUGUGGGGCCUCAACCACAGUCGUAAUUGACCGGCAAAUAGCGGUCCCAACCACUUUCAUGCCACGGUGUCAGUUUAUAAACAAACCACCUCUGUUUAUUCCAACCCAUCCGUGUCUACAUAAAAUAAAUAGUGCGGGGGUUGUGAUAGCACUCGUGACGCACUUCUGAGCCACCAAAGUUGGUGUUUCAAGACAGCGAUACCAGUCAAAUUAUCACUAUACCCGAACUCAUUACCGAGUCUCACUAUUAAUAAUUAUAUAUAUAUAUAUUCGUAGGUUACUGGUAUUCUAUCAUAGGUGUCUACGAAGCAUUCCUCGGGUGCUUUGAGACCACCAUGUAAACAAUGCCAGGAUUAGGAAUAGGAUGGUAAAUCACUUGACGAGGUAGUGAAUUUUCAUCAACUGAGAUGGUUGUGGCAUGUAUUAUGUAUGCCCAUCAUCUACCGCCUGCCAUGAAGGGCUAUGAUUUCUGGUGUAAGAGUAGGUUGGAAGGAAGCUAGAGGCAGUUAAACCGAAAUAUAGCAUCAGUUCGUCACUGACAGUUGUACUUAACCUGGUUUGAGUCGGCGUAAUUAAUGGUUAGGGACUAAGUGACAUGGCUCGAAAUUCCCUAUAGCCUUUUUCAUUUCACGAAUUUAUAUUUUCUUGUAUCAUAUCUUCCAUAUCUAAUCUUAGGUCGUCACUGAUACUGUUGCUACCCCUACUUCUGGGAUUUUGCCGGACAACAUCUCUGUGCUAUUGGGGUAUGGCAGCUUGAACCUAUGUACAUACGUACCAGGUUCUACGCUGUGACUGAUCACUACCAUGUACUUGAGGGCUAUUUCCAGAGUGCCAUCAGUGACACAGUAGAAAAGAAGUGAUAUUGGACAACCUUGCAUAACCUCGCUACUGAACUGGAAUAAUGGAUAGAGUUGGUUGCAUACCCUCACACUGCUUGAAGUACCUGUAUGUUAGGCCUUCAAGAUGUUAACGAGCAGUCCUACCCAACAAAUCAAAGUAGGCCCUGUUAUCAAAGAACACCAGUUGUUGCCCUCCAAUAAAUGUGGCGAUGUUUUAAUAUUUAGAGAAGGGUGAAGUUAUGGUCAAAACGCUAACUACAUGAGCUAAAACUAGCCUGUUCCUCGCUAGCCGUUUCCUGAGUUUUAGAUCUGUGGAUUUUGGUGAACUACAGUAGUCUUGAUGCAAUCGACAGUAGACAUUCCGCGACAGCUGGUGCGUAGAUAAAGUAGGCUGCUCUUAAAGAGGGAAAGAACGAUUGCUUCGUUCGAUGUUGGAACACUAUUUAUCAAACCUUUCCAAAUAACCCAGUCUGCUCUCUGACCAAAAGUUCUUCAUCUUUAUAAAACCGAGUAGGAGUAAUUCAUCUGGUUGUGAUGAUUUUUGAUGCUUCAAAAGUCGGAGAUUCUUAUGGACCUCAGACUUAUGGGAGCAGGACUAGCAGUAGCAGUACUCUCUCUACCUCUCAAAACAUCUCCGGAUGUCACUAAUUUUCAUUUAGUUAGCUUUACUGAUUGUCACAUUCACACCAAACGUUUUGCUGCCAAUAGCUUAGAUAAGCUGAAAUGGCUUUUAGCAGUUGCCAAAUGUUGUUGGUGUUUUCACCACCAUAACAUUUGUACCUUGUCUUAUUUACUUUACUCUGUACCUUUUAUCACAUUUCAUAAAAUUGAUUGUGAGAUAUUGCUAAUAGUCAAUAAGUUGUCUGAUCUAAAUUAACACUUACGUUGGGAUUGUGCAUAUGUAACAAAUUUAUUGACAUAAUCUUAUGAUCAGUGAUCAUUAGACUUUAAUGUGUUAUUUUACAAUAUAAGUUAUUCAAAUACCAAUCAGAUCUAUUACCGAUAGCUCCAUUAAUAGUUUCAUAUAUGAUACUAGUGUAUGUAAGUUCAUAUUAAGUGAGUAAAUAACUUAUUUGUAGUUCUUAUUACUUUCCUAACUCAAUAACUUCGUACAUAGUACAUUAUCUUUGUAAUUUCCCAGCUUUUCAUUUGUUUCACAUUAAAAUUUCACUCAAACAAGAUUCUACAUGAUAAUAACAUCCUAUUGGUUUCAUAUUUAGUCUUAACGGAUUUAAUCAAUGGAAGCACUACUUGCCUGUGUAGAUAUUCCUCCAGAUUGUCAUGAUGCUAUACCUCUCUUGAACUUGGAAAAUAAAUCUUUCUCCAAGUUUUUCAAGCGAAUCUUAAAAAGGCUAGAAAAAGGAGAGACUUGCGUUCAAAAGGCGUUGCCUAAAUUAUCAGAUAAUGAUACUGAAGAAGAAUCAGAAUACGUACUUAUUGGGACCGCUCAAGAGGAAAAUUCUAGAAUAUUAUUCGCACGACUUCCAAACUCGUCAGGGAGUAAUGAAGUAUACAAACUUCCAUUUGUUCGUUUCACCGUUCGUAGGACUAAUGAGUGAGUUAUUUUAUGGUCUUAGCAACCUCUAUUAUACUAAGAAUAUUACUUCUUUACACCUGGUUGUAAUAAUUAGGACAUCACUGUCUAGGACUGAUCUUUAUAAUUUUCUACAUUUAUCUUUGGUUCUAUAGCAUCCUAUCAUAAACUGAUCACCCACAGCUAUCACCCCUAUUGUUGGCAAAUUAUCCAUUAUAUGAAAAUCACUUAACGUAAUCAAACCACUAAAGUCGAUAUUCAAAGAUAACAUUCCACGAUUAACUAGUUUCAAAAUGUCGAACCUCUAAAUUACGUACAUAAUUUUACUACCAGUUAUAAACGGUCCUUACAAAGUGUUUUAACUUUGUUACUGCUCAUACAUCAACCAAAACAGAUGGUUUUAUACACCAACCGCUUUCUCUUGUUCACUACACUUUGUCAAACAGGAGGAUCAAAUUUAAUCUAACUUACUAAUUCAACAGCAUAACCUGAGAUUAUGUUGUUUACGCUCUGAAGUUUUUACCAGGGAAUCGAAUACCAGUUCAUUGCUAAGCUUUCAUAAUCCGAUAAAUACUCUCACAUGGCUACGUGCAUACAACCACGGCAAGGGAAGUCAUAUUCACACCACGGGUGUUGUUUACAAUAUUGAGAGGACGAAAAGAGAAUGUCUGACGCUUUAACUGGGUUGGUGGACACAGCAAGUCCACCUAGGGCAGUUGGGAAACCCUGAUUGCAAACCAAUGGUGCACAUGGGCUCCAGUAUCCUGAAGGAACAAAUGGCGUCUAAACCUGCUGUUGGUCACCGGCUACCAUGGGACUGCAUCUCCUGACUUCGCUCCACUGCCUAUUGGAUCAGAACUUUAGCUCGAAAGCUCCGAAUGUGGCCUCCCAAGGAAACCACGUGCAUCGGUUUGGGCAUCCAGGCAGUAUCCCAACCCUCACAUACAUCGAAUGAUUUAUGUGGCGCAUAUCUAUUUGGUGCCUCCUUGUACCAAUGUUUAUGUGUUUAAAUAAAUAAAUAAACUGAAUCUGCUUGUAAUUUUCUAUCUAGUGUGUAGUUAAAUUUCUCAUCCCUGUAUUUUUAAACAUUAUACUUGAUCACAGCAUUUCUUAGUAAUUUUUGUUAGAAUUGAACACUCUCUAUAAAGAAUAUAGAUUGUGGUUAGUGGUGAAAUUCUAGGAUAUGUUUCCCAUUCUGUUUGUAACUCGUCAUUCGAAUGUACAUAUAUUCCAGUAUUGAUGUUCAUACCCAAUCUCGAACCCAACACCUUUCUCUAUUAACGCCAAAUUGGUUAUCGACUGAGUUACUGAAUUCUAGAUAAUCACACACUUGUGACUAGUUUAGUUUUUUCAUUUUCCAUUGUCAUUUAAGUAUACUUGUAUUUAUUAGAUAAAAGUUUUUUUUUCCUACAGAAAAAAAAAGUUUCCACUGUACACUCGUUAUAAUUUCAUUUAUUUACUAUUGAUUUACAUCUCCUUACGUUAGUUGAUUAUUCUUAAUUUAUAGACCUAUAACAAAACAGAACCAGGAUGCUGCAAAUAACAGUAAGUUACUGUUUUACUUUUAAUGAGGUAAUUAGUUCACAUUGAUUAGUCAUUUAGUGAUGAUCAAAGUGAUGCUUAUCUAAUUCUUUUUAGUAUUGAUUGAAUUCUUUCGAUAAAGUCUCAAUAUAGCUAUUAGUCUUAGUAACUCACUUAACUCUUGACGAUACUAUGUUUUAAUGUUCGUUGGUUUCGUGCUUUGUGACACUCGUUAGCAAAGUGUACUGGGAAGGUUUAUGGAACUAACGUUUCAUGUGAUAUUCAAACUUAGGUCACUCUGUAGUUAACAAGAACACGAGUGGGGACAAUCGAAUGUAUCUGAAUCUCUCAGUAAAAUCUGAGAAUCAUACAGUAAAUACCUAAUUUGCAAAAUAUUAAUUAAUUGCCUCAAGCUUGGCUAUUUCUUUUGCAAAUACCAGUCCAUCGUCUCAGAUUUCAUUGUUCCUGCAUUUUCAUAUCAAUUACUUUCCGUUCACGUUCUUUCCUUCUCGAUCUUCUACUGAAAUAAUUUUAUUCGUAACUAUCGUUAUAUACUACUUAUGUGUAUAUAAGUAGCACACACAAUUUAGCCUCAGUCUGAUGUGUUUCCACUUGAGCUAUUCGGGUUUAUUGGUGACUACCUCCAGCCAUUUAGGUAAUUAGUUUGUCGGUGUCAUUUCUAGUUGCUCUAGUUUGUUAUAUAUGGGGAGGGAUGAGAUAGUGAUUGAAGUUAAGAAAAAUCUUCUUGAUCAUUGUCAUUUUCAGUAUCGUCUCCUGAACAACUAGCUCAAUAAUGAGUUUAUUUCCAUCAGUUGAAAGAUCCUAAGACAUCUAUCAUUAAGAUCGUAUCGAGAAUACUGAAGACGAAAAAGUUAUACAACAUAUGCCGUUUCGCAAUAGUUGUGUUAAAUGUACAUAUUUUGGGGAGUAGUAAUUUUUUGUGAAAUAUUAGACUAGAACUUACAACGUAGAUAAGGUACUGAGUAGAAUAAACUGUCGAAUAUAUGUAAAGAAUUCAGUGAUGUAUCAGUGGUUAAAGCACUGAAAUCUCAACCACCAAGCCACAAGCUCAAACACUGCCUUACAUACCUUGGUUUCUGAUGAGUAAGCAAGGAAAAUAAUGAUUGGUUGUGUGCUUAAUCAUAGUAGUAGUAAUAGUCUGACAAGUACUAAAUGAAUUAUAUAUUUUCCUGCUCUUAUUAUUACUAUAAUUGUUGUCAGUUUUUGGUGUGGAAAUAUACUUACGUUCUAGUCAGUCUAGCCACGUGUUCUGUCGAAGUCCUAUAGAAUAGAUAGUGAACGGGGUAUCUCUUUAGUAGAAACUUUGUACACAUUACCAAUCAAUGUAGAACCCUAAUGAAAAUGUACAUCACCAGUCAAGUUGACGCAUUGUGUCCGUAGAUGAACGUAAAAUUAACAAGGUGAAUAUAUAGUUAGAAAAGAAUGAAAAAUGAAUAAAAACUAUAGAAUGACUAUUGAAGUUUCUGUAUCACUAUGACUGGUUUUGAUUCAAUGUCAUGUCUAUAUAAAAAGCAUUAAAUUAAUCGAUCUCAAACGUUGAUGAUAUUAUACUUUUUUAAUUAUUUCAACAAUGUAGGCAUUGAACCUUAUCUACAGGAUACUUUUAAACGUCUUGAUGAUAAAAUGGAAAAUUUUGGAGCACAAUUGUCUAAAUUGAUAGAAUCUUUAUCACAGAAACCAGCGCCUCGACCUCCAAGGAAAUCGCAAACACCCGCAGUAACUGCUAGUGCAUCAAAGCCUAACUUAACAUCAAAACCUAUAUUAGCUUCACAACUUUCACCUAAUUCCACUUCCAAAUCAACACCAGCAUCUAUAAUGAAACCUGGAUCUAUACCAAAAAAUGCAUCCACUCCAAAGUCUAUGAUCAUAAAUCAAGCAAACUCUAUUGUUUCAUCCACUGAAAAUAAACUCAAAUCAACUCCGAUUAAAUCAUUAUCAUAUGGUCAUGUUUUAGAAAGCCAACAUUUAAAUGAAAGUGGCACUAAAAAGAAACAAAAUGAAUCAUCGACACAAGGUGAGCGUUUGAUCGUUUUCAUAAUGUUGGUUACUAUGACUUAAUUGUAUUGAAUUUUAAUUUGAUCACGCACGAAAACCAGUUGAAAAAGGAUUUCCUUACAACUGCCACCUUUCAUCUCAAUUGAAUUGCACGCGAUGUUGAAUCAUUUAGAUUAGUUGUCACAUUUCAACUUGAUCGAUAAAAUUCUAUCAGCAUUAAAAAGGAUUUAAUAUACAUGACAUUAGUCACGAUUUAUCUAUUUAAAAACAUAAACAUUGGUACAAGGAGGCACCAAAUAGAUAUGCGCCACAUAAAUCAUUCGAUGUAUGUGAGGGUUGGGAUACUGCCUGGGUGCCCAAACCGAUGCACGUGGUUUCCUUGGGAGGCCACAUUCGGAGCUUUCGAGCUAAAGUUCUGAUCCAAUAGGCAGUGGAGCGAAGUCAGGAGAUGCAGUCCCAUGGUAGCCGGUGACCAACAGCAGGUUUAGACGCCAUUUGUUCCUUCAGGAUACUGGAGCCCAUGUGCACCAUUGGUUUGCAAUCAGGGUUUCCCAACUGCCCUAGGUGGACUUGCUGUGUCCACCAACCCAGUUAAGGCGCCGAACAUCCGCUGUUUCUUCCUCCCAAUUUCGUAAACAACACCCGUGGUGUGAGAAGGCAGUGAGUAGGACUUCCGUGGUAGUGCCUGUAUAUGCGUGGCCAUAUGAGAGCAUUUCGAGAGGGAGAUCUGACUCUACUCAUUCUCGGCCGUAACAGGGCAUUUGGGGGCUACUCUGUGAAUUCUAUAUGCACGUUCAAAACUCUUGAUUAUUAUUUGUCUUUAUCUGAUAAUUUAGUCUUAGUAUAAAACUCUUCAGUACAGUGCUCAACUAUAACUUUGUCACAGACAGAGCAAACCUAGAAUUUGUAAGUGUCACAGUAAGCACGCUACUUUAAGUGAUCAGUACAAUUUUGCUCAUUGCAUUCUGCUUUUAUUCUGAACAUUCACUCUCGAACCGAUCUGCCUAGUACUAUUGAACCUAGAAGAACGAGUAUUCCAACCAAUAUUAAUUGACUAAGUCAUUGUGAUGUGCAAACUCAACCACUAUGUCAAAGUAGUAGCUGCGGUCGGGUACAAGUCUUGACAUUUCACGGCAGUCAUCCACUAAUCAUCAUUGAUGAUAACUAUUUCACUCUCUCGACUUAAUUGAACUUUUUGCACAAAAUUCUUCUUGAAGUUAUUUACUAGCUAAAAUCAGUCUGUAAUGUAGAUUAUUUGAUAAUUGACUAAACCGUCACUGGCUUCCAUUCUGAGUUAUGUCUGAUAACGUCUCAAGCCACGGAAUUACACUAUCCCUUGGAAUCCAAUCUUUGAGUUUCGAUUGGCUGACAGAUGACAGUCUUAUGCAGCUUUUUUUAUACCUCGGCACCAUGUCAUAAACUGGCGACCAUUUCUGAUUUUCCCAACCAGUGUCAGCAUCGGCAAAUAAAGCAAAAUGUGGAAGUCGCUAAGAUAACGUUCAUAGUACAUAUCCAACCUAUUGAAGUCGGUGUUUGAAAACAGUGAUCCUAAUUGAAUUAUUGUCACUGUACUCAUACUUCAUCGCUAUAAUCCUUUAUAUUACCACUAAAAUGUUUUCUAAAUAACAGUAAUUUAGUCUCUUUUUUUUGUUUCUAUCCAAUAUUUUAGGUCAUAGUCAAAUUGAAAAUCCAAGAUUCGCUUCAAUGAUUGAUAAAGCUAUUGAUCAUGUUUUAGACCGUAUUAAUAAAGGGAAAGAUAUUAAAAUUGGACCGGUAUUCCAAGAGAGAUUAAGUUCCGUAAAUAGAUGCAAUAAUACACUUGAUCAUAUCGAUCUGUCGUCUAAUCGUGUUGACAUUGAUGAUGAUGAUGAUGAUGAUGAUGAUGACGAUGAUAACAACAACGAUGCCAAUAUCACUACUUAUAACCAUGUUGUAUAUGAUAGAAAUCAACAUAAUCUUAAUAUUAAACCUAAAAAGAAUUUAGUUGCCAUCUCACCAUGUGUAUCAUUUAUGGUGAAACCAGUUCAGAGUAGUGCUGGUAACAACAUCAAGCUGAAUAAUACUAAUAAUAGAAAGGAUCAAUUAUCCACUGAAGAUUAUGAAGAAUUAGAAUCAUUUUUACAAAACGAUUCUGUCGUAAAUCAUGUUCAUUAUUCAACUGAUUAUGUUGUUGUUGAUGACAAUGACCGAAAACAUAAACACAAAAAACGGAAAUGUACAAAUGAUGAUUAGAUAAUAAAGCAAUAAAAUGACACUACCUGUACAUAUGUUCAUGUGUGUGUGUGUGUGUUUGUGCUUGUGUCCAACUUCACUUUUGUACAUAGUUACAAGUACUAUAUAUAUAUAUAUAUAUAUAUAUAUAUAUAUAUAUAUAUAUAUAUAUAUAUAUAUUAGGUCGGUUUUUGUUUCGUUAUACCGCGUAAUAUCUGUCUGUACUUUACCUGUUGACUAGUCCAUUUAUCACAUGUAUUACAUAAGUGCUUCAUUGUUUCAUUUAUAUAACCUUUUGUUUUGAUAUAGUAACAAAGCAAUAAGAUCUAAUUUAUAUAAAUACACAAUCUAUUAACCAGAGAGUUUUCAAUUUUCCUUUCAAGACUUAUAUGCUGCAUUUUUUUUUUCGAGAUUGUAUUCAUCAUCAAUUGAACAAUCUACCUAAUUCCUAAAGUUGUAAUGAAAAAUUGUAAUCUUUGGAUUAGGUCCAUGUCUAAUGUGAUAAAGCUAUUCCUAAUGGCAUGAAUCGAUUGGAGCUAAAAUCGUGCUACCAUUGGAUACGGAUUGAGUGGUCCUGACGGUUAAGCAUCCAUCUUGGGUCCGACCUGCGAUGGGUUUAUGAGCAUGUAUUUUGAAAGGGAGUCUCGUACCAGGAUAUAACAGCUAUCUAGCGCUUCCUAGUUCUUAAUAGUAUCACAACUGAGGUCAAUUUGUAAGUGGUACAACCUAAAAAUUAGUGCUAUCCACUCCAAACCCUUCAAUAUUCUUAUAAUUUCGGUUCCCUGAAUAAAAAGAUAAAUUCCACGACAUGCAGUCUUGUCCAAGAUUUACACAUAUCUGACAAUAUAACAAAUAAGAAUGACACGAGAAUAAACGAUCACAAUAAGUAUUAAAUCAAAUAUACCAUGGGAAUGAAGCGGUCACGAUUGUAAAAGUUUAAAAACACUGAAUAUUAUUAGAGGAUACUGUCUAGUCCAUUUUGUAAUCGUUAGUUAUAAAAUUACUGAAAUGCAUUUCACCAUAACGAGAAAUAACUACGGAAAGAUUUUAAUGGAGUAGCUAUUUAAAUGAUAAGGUUUAUUAUUCGAGCACAAAUGUUCAUCAUUUUAUUGGAUUU